AUGAAGUACUCUGCUGCUCUGGUCUCCUUGGCUCUCGCCACCAGCGUCGCCGCCCAGGGCUUGGCUGAUCUUCCCGAAUGCGCUCGUGAUUGUGCCACCCAGUACCUCCGUGGUGGGAUUGGCAACUGUGGUAGCGACCCCGAGUGCAUCUGCAAGAACAGCACCUUCCUCGACAGCAUCGCCUGCUGCCUCGUCGACGUCUGCAAUGAGGCGGACCAGAAGACCGCUGUUUCCGUUGCUGCGACGCUCUGCAAGGCCUUCGGUGUCAAUGAUCUCCCCACCGCUGUGACCUGCGCUACUGUCAGCCCCUCGGCCACCACUCCCGUUAGGACCUCGACUCGUGCCACUACCGCUGCCAACACUGACACCGCCGUGACCACCCCCGCCGGUACCGCUACCACCGAGGCCACCGAUGCUCCCAGCACCACCGAGACUGAUGCCCCUGAGGAGUCGUCCGCCACCGAGACCGAGACCGACGCUGAUGCUCAGGAUGCCUCUAGCACCAGCACCAGCACCAGCACCAACUUCGGCCCCCGUCCCACCGUCGCCGCCGGCUUGGGUGCCAUUGGUGGUCUUGCUGCUGCCUUUGCUCUCCUCUAA